AUGGGGCAAAGCAACGGCGCCGGCCGGCACAGCUGCACUGGCCAAAACAGCCACGCUGCUUUUAGAAGAAACGUGUAUAAACGCUUCACCAUGUUCAUCCUGGACGACCAUGACACAGACCUAGACCUUUGGCCUUGUUGCGGAGAGCCCAUUUACCGAAAUGGGCAGUUUGUUGGCAAGACAACCAGCCAUGCCUACAGCUACAGCCUGGAGCACCACGUUUGCCUGGCCUUUGUGGACAAUUUUUCUGAGGACACGGGGGAAGAUCAGGUGGCGACAGCAGAUUUCAUCAACCGGGAAGAGUAUGAGAUUGAUAUCCCAGGAUACCACUUCCUGGCCAAAGCCAAGCUUUUCCCUGUCGUCUCCCUCUUCACCCACAAGCACCGAAAGGAUGACAAGGAGCUGAGUGACUUACAUGAGAAGGGAUGGCAGGACAGCAUCCCCACCUCUCCAUCAUCUUGUCCUGGAGCAGACGUCACCUUGGAGUUUCUCUUCCUUCUGCCUCCUUUCCUCUUUGGAACAUAA